AUAUAAAUUUUUAACCCUACAGAUGCAUUGUUAUGUUCCAUAUUAUCUGAUGAUGUGCAAUAACUUAGUCGCGUUGUUUGUAGUGAAAUGAUACUUUUAUAUUUCCAUACAAACCGCCGCGACCGUCAAGAGAUUACAAUUCUAUUGCAUCUGCAGGUAUAAGCCUAGGUAUACGAUAGUGUAGUAGCAUGUACCCUGGGCUACAUAUAUUGAAAACCGUCAAAAUAUACACAUAGUUACAAAAUUAUACCAACAUGACGAGUAAAUUACGUACAAAUUUUGUGCAACCAAAUCUCACCGCAAAAAUUGAUUUUGUUAUUGCUAUUGUUAUUAUUAUGUAUUAUCAUUAUUAUUAUUAUGGUUGUAAGAAUAAUUACGAAACAUAAUUAAAUACUAUUUAUAAAUUCUCGCUGCAAGUCGUAUAUACUUUUCGGAAAUCUUUUACCAAAUUGAGUAAAGCAUGUUACAUCGAUGCCAUUCGAAAUUGUACGUCAAAUUUGCAUUCAUCGAAGAGAAUAGAAUUUGUAUUCAGCUGGUAUUUUGCAGCAUUCUGUUAAAUUCGAGCUGUAUUGGCGCCAUCUUUAGCGAUCGGUUAACUCGACGACUUGUCAAAGUCAGAAGUUUCGCGUCGUCUGCACGAAAUUAUUGUAAAUUUACCUCCUUCGCAUAUUGCGUGUGCAUGUGCAUGCAUACGUGACAAUUUUUAUGAUGUAAAAGAUUUGUAACGAUAGAAUAAAUGCCUUUGGCAGAUCCGUGACGAGUUGAAAGUACUAAUUACCGAGUAACGGUAGCGAAUAUUUUCAAUCAUCCGUUUGAAAAAUGAUCAGCAGUUUUCAAGCUGCCUUAAAAAAUGCCGUGGAUGUGGUUGCCCCACCUGCGACGGCCUUGGAUGACUUUACUUAUCAUUGGAAACAGCUGAUGAACUUCUAUGUGAACCACCUGACUAAUUGCAAAUUGCCCAUCGAAGCUACAAACAUUCCUCACCACUUGGAUCGCCUGCUCGACAUUUUGUUCAGCGAGGAGAAUGCAUUGAAUUCAGAAAAUCCUGGACCUUGUCUAGAGUACCUGUUACAGCAUCGUCUACUGGACUUGCUAGCGACACUGGCGAGUGCCGAAGCACCUCCUGGAAUGAGAUUUGUCUGCUUGUUUUUUCUGAGGAGAUUGUUAACACGGUUGCAGCAUCCACUACUGCCUCACGUUUCGGUUUACACACCUGUUCAGAGACUGAUUGCGUUAUGCAAUGGGAGUCUGGCCUCGCCAACAGAGAAUGAAGAGAUUCAGUUCUUGGUCGCUCUCUGUUUCUUGAUCUGCAAGCAUCCGAACCUCACCUACAUUAUGAACAAUGUUAGGCUUCCUCCGCAGAAGCAAAAUGCAUUGGCCAGUUCUGGUUCAAACAAACUGGAAACACAACAAAUCACUUAUGCUCCUACGAGAACAAGGAACAACUCUAAUCCACUGUUUGAACCUUUAGACACGCAAGCUGUGACUCUAAUUAAUCCAGAUUUACACAAGUGUGAGAGCAGAAGGAAACUCUCAAGCAAAUCUAGUCAAUGUUCAUUAAGAAGUGAAAACUCAGAGAGGGAUCUCUUCAGUAGAGUAGAUAGACAACAAUCGACCAAUUCAGAUACAAUCGCUAUGGAACACAGAAGAAAAAUCUCAAAUUAUUCCAAUGCUUCGUUAUCAUCGGAUGAGGUAGAUUCUGCAUCGCCGCAGUCUAGUGCGUAUUUCAAGAAAACUGAUUGCGGUUCAUCUUUGUCAGCUAAUGAAAUGACCUGCAAAUAUUUGAAAAAUAGUUCAAACGGGUCUGCAAACUCCUUGGAAGAGAUCGAUUCUAAACUACAGGAUCUUAGGGAAUUGCAAAUAGAAUUCAAGAGUGAUUCACCUUUCACAGCUGCUUCUUCUGAAUUGGAUAAGGCUGAGGCAAACUUCAAGUUUUUCGAAAAUAUAUCAAAAACUACCAGAUCUGAGUUUGAUUCUGCUAGUGACAUCUCAACCCGGAAUAAAUCCCUGCAAAGUCCUGCCGAUACUUCAUUGCAAAUUGAAAGUUCAAAAUGCUUGCUACUAGAUGCAUUGAUAAGCUAUUUGAAUAGUGCAGAUAACAUGGUCAGAGUUAAGGCUUGUGAAGGAGUAAUGGUUUUGGCGUCAUUGCAAGAUUCACGAUUUGCUCGCAGUGUUGCAAACAGUCAACUGCCUUUUGCUUUGUCAAAUAGAUUGGAAAAGUUGUUUAAUUUAAUACCAGCCCAUGUCGAUCCGACUGAAAUUGAUGAGGUGAAUGUGACUUGGGGAUUGGAUUCCCCGUUGUGGACCAGUGAAAAUAAAUUUCCAGGAUGCAGACCGGUUGCCGCCUUUUUCAUGUGGCUCGAUUAUUGCGAUCAGUUGACUAGAGAGGCGCACGCGAUUGUGGGAGAAAUUCUGGCUGAAAAUAUCCGUGUGAUGUUUUUUCAAAAAAUAUUAACACCUGCACUUUCCGACCAUCACGUCGUGCUGAUUACCGCACUCAUCACGAAAUGCUUGAAGGAGAUUACCUCGCCUUAUUUAAACGCUGAAAUCAAUUAUUGGCUCGUGGGCUUUCAUCGAGACCCAGAGUUACCUGGAAUCUUACCAUCCCCUGUUGUUCAUCAGUUAAUAAAGAAUUGCUACACCGACAGCGACGACUUGACGCUUGAAACACUACGGCUGUUUGAAGAAAUGAUCGAAAGACGUCACGAGCAUAUUUUGCACUGUCUGAUCCUGACCUAUCUGACAUCCAGAGGAUACUACGAUAAUAGCGCCGCAGACAGCGCAAUCGCGUCGUGGAGCGAUGAAGAAGAUGAAAGAGAGAAGAGUAGAGGCACUUUGGACUUGUCGAGUAAACAAAAUUAUAGUAGAACGCUGGCGCCUUCGAACAUACACAGGAUUAUAAAUUGUUUUCUAACCUUAUUACCGAGGAGCCUUCAGUCGGAUUUAGAUGCAAAUAACUACGAGCAAUACAUGACCGAUUGGGAGAAGCAAUACUCGUCUAUCCUCGCUGAGUGCGCAUUACUUUCUUGGCCUCUAGAAGCUGUAACAAUCGAUGAUACCGCCAGUUCGGAUUCAAGGCCAGAGGCUGACCAUUGUACACCUCGAUUUUAUCCGGGGCCAUUCUUGACAAUGUUAUUUGAGAAAGUUACCAAAAUUCCCAGUCAGAAGUACGAAAUCAACUUGCAACUGACCGUACUGGUGUCCAGGCUGGCACUCUUACCGCAUCCCUAUGUUCACGAAUAUCUGUUGAAUCCAUUGUUGCCCUUGACUCCUGGCACACCAAGCUUGUUUGGCUGCUUGCAACAAGUUGUAAAGCAUCUGGCUUCAGAGAUACCCAAGGUACCAGACUAUAAGCGGUUAUUGAAAGAUACGAGGCAGAAAUUAUUGGAUGAUUCCGUUCAAAGUCAUAUGAAGGAGAAUGUUCUGCUUGAUAGCGUUGUGAUUACUGAAGAAUUUUGCAAAGAGUUAGCAGCGAUUGCGUAUGUCAAGUAUCAUCGCUCGAUGUAAAAUACGUAUUUAUUGUAAGUUAAAAGCUAGUCCGUAACCAUUUAGAAGAAUAUUAACGUAUGCGAAACAAGGCCUUAGUAGUUAAAUGUAUAAAGCUCUUCGAUUUUUUAUAUUGUUAAAAAUCAAAAGAAAUAUUUCCAAUGCAGUAGUGAUCACAGUAAUUGGAAUUAGAGAACUGUGAAAAGAGAAAAAUAUACUGAAGUCCUGUAUCAGUUGAGCGAAAUUCUUUUUAGAAGUUACUUCAGUUAUAACCUGCCAUUACAAAUACCGGAUCAAGUGAGGUGAAAAUAAAAUACGAAAUCACUGUAUAAGAUACGAAUUAUGAACAGGUACUGUUUCACAUUCAAGAAGAUAUUGAAUUCAGGAAAUUAUUGUUGAAGUCUGAACGAUAAGAAUCAGUGUUCUUAUUUUGGCCGCUUCAUUAGGAUGCUAUUACAAAUUGUAGUUGCAAUAUGACAAAGUAAAAUAAUCGACACAUUCUUUUUUUUUUAUCUUUAAUAAUAUCGAAAAAAAUGUUUUUUCUUUUGAGUCGACAGGAUCAGCUAAAUCAGAUAUGCUAACGCUCCGUGUACCUUAUUAAGUUUUCUUAAAGUAUAAUUAAUGAUGUAUAUUAUGCAUAUCGAAUGGAUAAAUUAUCUAUAAAUUGUCAUGUACAAAUCAAAGUAUUUUAUUCACGCAAGGUAAUCGUGGCAUGUUCGGCAAAAGGAGUACUGUACCUUCUCCCAUGUUUAUUUCCAUUAUGUUCGAUUAAAUAAUAUCAACGUCCCAAAGAUGAUGCUGUGCAUUAUUAUUAUUAAUAUUAUUAUUGUACGUACAAUGAUGAUAUUGUAUGGAUGUAGGGUGUGUGUAAGUAUGUAUGUAUGUAUGUAUGCAUGUAUGUAUUUGUUAAGUUGACUUGCUUUCAAUAAAGACAUUUUCUCUAUAA